UGUCACAUCAUUUUCGAUGCCACGUUGAAAAGUAACACAAAUUGUGAGAGAAUGAGUGGACGCAUUGCAAAGUUACCACCAAGAUAUUACGAAAUGCCAUCAAGAUACAAAGAUUGCUUCUAUCUAGCCAAUUCCUCAUUCUUCGACAGCGUGAACUGGUACCUGCACAAGGCUUAUGAGGUGAUCUUCCCCGAUCUAGUAGAUAAGUUGAUCAGAGUAUCGGGACUGGAUGAAAAGGAAGCUAGCGCAAGAAUCUUGAAUUUGAUUGAAAUUUUGGAUCAAUGCGAUAAUGUAUCAGAUGUGCGAUUUCCAGUGAAAACGGAAGACGGUUAUUUUGAUUUGAUCAGAUGCUUCAAAGUUCGUCAUGGCUCCUACACUGGUUUCUCCCCUAAUCUUAUGGGACUUCGCAUUUCUCCAGACAUAACAAGGGAUGACAUCAAAGGUUUGGGAGUUCUCUCAACACACAGAUUGUCUGCGAUGGGUAUCAAGAACCUUGGAUUGUUUGGAGCGAUAAAAAUCGAAUCUAAGGAAUAUCAUUUAGAAGUAUUGAAAGAUAUAAUUCAACAGUAUGCAAGCAGAUGCUUGAAGGAAGGUACGGUGUGCGUUCAUCAAAAUUCGUCGUUGAGCAUCUACAACGGUUAUUUUUCAGAUGGAAGUAAGGACCUUACUAUAGAACCUGAUAUGAAUUGCGAUGGUACCAUGGCAGGUUUUAUAUGCAACCGAUCUGGAGAUGAUGGUCCAACAGAUCUGGCUGCUAGUCAAGGUGCAUUUUUCGGAAUCCAUCAUUUUCUGAACAACGAAUUAAUCGCAUCGAACUUAGCAUUUCCGAAAGGGAUAUCAGGAAAAACCUUCGUUAUUCAGGGAUUUGGUAAGAUGGGUUCGAACUUGGCUGUAUAUUUGCAAUCUGCUGGUGCUAAAUGCGUUGGAGUUAAAGAGGAAAACUGUCAUGUGUACAAUAAAAAUGGUCUGGAUGUCAAUGAAAUCAUUUCGUUCAAAAAAGAGAAUGGCGACUUGACAGGUUUCGAGUUGGCUAAACCGGUCAAUGAUUCCCAAAUUUAUAAAGAAGAUUGCGAUAUACUGAUACUGGCCGCAAAACAAAAGAGCGUGCUUUGUCAUUUUGCCAAAUAUAUAAAGGCAAAACUAAUUGUUGAAGCGGCUUACCACCCCAUCACGCCUUCUGCUUAUAUGACACUCAGAGGUCACUCCAAAAUUAUACUACCCGAUCUCCUUAUUUGCGCUGGCUCAGCUAUAGCAGCUAACGAGGAACAUUUGAGAGAACAACGUGAAACAAGCUUAAGUAUGAUUCAUCUGGAUGACAAGGAAAGAUUCAACGCAAAUCGUCAAGUUUUGCCGAAUGAUCUGUUUAGAGCCAUCGAAGAAAGCAGAAUGGAACAAUACCCGUCAACAUAUGCAGUAGCGAAUGUUGUCAGUAAUAAAGCUCAGGAAUUAUUGAACACUUGCGAACGAUACAACUUGGGUUUUGAUUUCAAAACGGCGGCGUUCACUAUGUCGAUAAGGAAUAUUUUCGACAGAAUCUUCUCGUCGAGACAAUUUUAAUUUAUGUAAAUAACAUCCCAACAAAGUAUGUGAAUAAUUUUCCGAUUUUUACAUUUUGAUAUGUAUAUAAUUGAAUCACCAGAAUCCUACAAAUAAAAUCAAUAAAUCCCUCUCUGCCCGAAUGUCCCCAAUUCACCAGA